GACAGAAAGAGACCUGAUUCUGACGGAAACAUGCCCGCACCUCCGGCAAUGCAAACCUGUUCAUGUCAGCAUGCUGAUAAGGCAUGGGACGCGAUAUCCCAAAAAGAACGGACAUCAGCAAAAUUGACUACGUUGUCUCAUCGAUUCGCCACUACGGGGUCGAAGGAAACGGACCUCGUGAACGUGAUGAGACGGUGGCAGAACUCAUUUGAGUGGCAAGAUGCAAUGAUGCUCGCGGAAACAGGCAAAUGGGAAAUGGAGGAACUCGCGAGUCGCAUUGUCCAACGUUUUCCUGAGGUAUUCCAUGGUGCAAAACCCGAGAGCUUAAGAUUUGUAAGCAGUACAAAGAACAGGACAGUAGACAGUACCUCUGCAUUUGUAAGAGGACUUUGGAAUGGGUUGAAGGAAAUGAAAGCAGCCGACAGUAUAAAGGACCCUCGUAAAUUGCAGACCAAUGCAGGUCCGCAUACAGACACACUCUUACUCUUUCUUGAGAACUGCAAGAGGUGGACUGAAGAAGUUGAGCGAAACACAGAGGCCUUACAAGAAGUGUCAAAGUUCUUGGAUGGCCCCGAGGUUCGGAGUGUGUUGAAGAACAUUACCUCACAGCUAGGACCUUCAGUGCUGCUGGAUUUCUCAGUAGCUCACUUGAAGGUGAUGUGGACCAUCUGUGCAAUGGAGACUGCAGUGUACGGAGGCCGGUCUAUCUGGUGUGACCUGUUUAAGACUGAAGACCUACAGGUGCUGGAGUACCUUUCAGACCUGACAUCGUACUGGAAGCAUGGUUAUGGACACAGGCUGAACUACAGACUGGCCUGUGCCCUGCUGCAGGAGAUGCUCAAACCUAUGGAGGGUUUCGUCUCAGGAAAUGAAAGCAGCUUGAGAGGACAGUUCCUGUUUGGCCACACAGAAUCACUGGUUCCCUUCUACAGUCUCCUGGGGCUAUUCAAGGACAGGGAGCCUCUAAGGGCGGACAACUUUGCCGAACACAAGAAUCGCGUGUUUCGUACGUCCUUCAUAUCUCCGUUUGGAGCCAACAUCGCCCUCGUGCUGUACAAGUGUGACGGCAUCUCACCAUGUGACCAAUCUGAGAAAGAGAGGUCUGCCCAGGAUGCACCACAAGGGCCACAUCCUGAUGACCCGGCAGGGUCAAAGUUCAGAGUGAUGAUGAUGGUGAAUGAGCGGGUGGAGCAGUUCCCUGGAUGGCAUCAGGCUUCGUGUCCCUAUGAGGUUGUCAGGAUGUUGUACAAGAAUGUUCUUGAACAUUGUGAGGAUGUGUGUGAGAUGAGCAGUGAAAAGAGUCAUCCAGAGUUGUAAACAAAAUACUUUUGAAG